UGGGGACAGAGGGGACGUUGGAGACAUUGGGGAUGUUGAGGGCAUUGGGGACAUGGGGGACAUCAAGAACCUUGGGGACAGUGGGGACAUCAAAGAUAUUUGGGACAUUGGGGACACUGGGGACAGAGGGGACAUCAAGAACUUCGGGGAUGUUGAGGACAUCAAGAACCUUGGGGACAGAGGUGACAUCAAGAACCAUGGGGACAUCGGGGACAUCACGGUCACCACGGAUGGAGGACAGGGCGGUGUCCUCAUCCUGUGUGACAAGGACAUCGGGGACACUGGGGGGAUUGGAGACACUGGGGACAUUGGGGACAGAGGAGACGUUGAGGGUGUUGGGGACGUCAGGGACAUCAAGAACCUUGGGGACAUCAGGGACAUUGGGUAUGGGGACACCGGGGACAUUGGGGGCAUCGGGGACAUUGGGGACAUCAAGAACCUUGGGGACAGUGGGGACACCAGGGACAUUGGGGACAUCAAAGGUAUUUGGGACAUCGGGGACGUUGGGGGCAUCAAAGGCAUCAAGGACAGCAGGGACAUUGAGGCUAUUGGGAACCUUGGGGACACUGGGGACACUGGGGACAUCAGGGACACGGGGGACAUUGGGGACAUCGGGGACAUUGGGGACAGGGCUGUCCCCACGCUGAAUGUCACUGUCCUGAGGGAUGCCACUGGGGACAGGGACAGCGGGGACAGCGGUGCCACCACCCCGAGAGACACUGGGGACAGGGACCUUGGGGACAGGGGGGAUAAUGACGUCACCAGCCUAGGUGACAUUUGGGACAGGGACAUUGGGGACAGCGAGGUCACUGCCCUGGGGGACACUGGGGACAGGGACAUUGGGGACAGGGACAUUGGGGACACUCCGGCCUCGGCCCUGCAGGACCUUGGGGACAGGGCUGCCACCUCCCCGGGGGACAUCGGGGACAGGGACAUCGGGGACAGGGACAUUGGGGACAGGGACAGGGGGGACAUGGGGAGUGGGGACAGAGACCUUGGGGACAGGGACAUUGGGGACAGGGCUGUCACCAUCCCUUGGGACGUUUGGGACAGCGAUGUCCCCACUCCUGGGGACAGGGACACUGGGGACAGCAGUGCCACCACCCCGAGGGACAUUGGGGAGGGGGACCUUGGGGACAGGGACAUUGGGGACACUCCGGCCUCGGCCCUAAGGGACCUUGGGGACAGCGGUGUCCCAGGUCUGAGGGACACAGGGGACAGGGACAGGGGGCACAGGGACACAGGGGACGGGGACCUUGGGGACAGCGGUGUCACCUCCCCUGGUGACACUGGGGACAGGGACCUUGGGGACAAUGACGUCACUGCCCCAGGUGACCUUGGGGACAGGGACCUUGGGGACAGGGACAGGGGGCACAGGGACACAGGGGACAGCGGUGUCACCUCCCCCGGUGACAGCGGGGUCAGGGACAGGGAGGACAGUGACGUCACUGCCCCAGGUGACACUGGGGAUGGGGACCUUGGGGACAGUGACGUCACCGCCCCGGGUGCCAUUUGGGUCGGGGACCUUGGGGACAGCGCUGUCCCCUCCCCGGGGCUCCGCGGCGCCGUCGCCUGCCGGGCCGGGGGCAUCACCAUCACCGUGCUGGCCCCGCCCCCCGAGGAGGAGGAGCCCACCGGUGACGUCAUCGCCGGUGACCUCAUCGCCGGUGACGUCAUCGCCGCUGGGGAGGCACAUGACAUCACGGCCGAGGGCGACGUCACUUCCUCUGUGCCGCUGGGUGACGUCACUGCUGACGUCACCUCUGAUGUCACCUCUGAUGUCACUGCUAAUGCUACUGCUGACGUCACCCAUGAUGUCACUGGUGGUGAUGAUGUCACUUCCUCUGCGCCGCUGGGUGAUGUCACUGGUGACGUCACAGCUGACGUCACCUCUGAUGUCACCGUUGAUGUCACUGAUGAUGUCACUGCUGACAACACCUCCGAUGUCACUGGUGGUGAUGACAUCACUUCAUCUGUGCUGCUGGAUGACGUCACCUCCGAUGUCACCGGCGGCGAUGACGUCACUUCCUCUGCCCCAGAGGAAGCUCCCGCCGGUGACGUCAUCACAGGCAGUGACGUCAUCGCCCCCAACCCCGGGAGUCACGUCAGCGAUGACGUCACCGCCUCAGGGAGUGACGUCAUCGGUGACAUCAUCGCCCCCGGGUAUGACCUCCCGGAUGACGUCAUCACCAGCCCUGACCUCACCGAUGGCGUCACAGCCGGGAGCGAUUUCCCGCAGGACAUGGAUGAUGUCACCGAUGACGUCAUCACCCUGCACGACCUCACGGAUGGCGCCCUCAGCCCCGACAGCGACGCCGCCGAUGACGUCAUCGCGCGUGGCUUCCCCUGUGACGUCAUCGGCUGGGGUGACGUGACAGCCGCGCCCCCCGGGGUCGAUGACGUCACACCGGGGAGUGAUGACGUCAUCGACGACGCUGGCAUCGGUGACGUCAUCGCCCUCUGCCCCGCCCCUCCCCUUCCAGGGGGUGAUGUCAUAGAUGACGUCAUCCACGGGGGUGACCUCGCCAAUGACGCCAUCUGCCGAGCCCACCUCCUCUAUGACGUCACCAAGGACGACGAUGACGUCACCGUGCCCGGCCUGGGGAUCCUCCCCGCCGAUGACGUCACCGCCACUGAUGACGUCAUUUCCUCCCUGCCCGGUGAUGUCACCGGGGACCUCGACGCUGCCUGGGGCGAUCUCGUUGAUGACGUCACGGCCGAUGACAUCACUGCCGACGAUGACGUCACUGCCGACGAUGACAUCACACCCUUCCUGCCCUUGGGCCGCCCCCCGGACCCUGACGACGACGUCAGCGAUGACGUCGCCGAUGACGUCACACAGGGGGCGGAGCAGCCGCUGCUCGGGCCCGCCCCCUUCGGCCGCCGCCGUGACGCCGGCGAUGACGUCAGCGAUGACGUCACCGAGGACGCAUCCCGAGGGGGCGGGGCAGGUGAGGGGGCGGGGCUGAAAGGGGGCGGGGCCGUGCACUACGUCAAGGUUUUCAUCAUCAGCUCGGCCGCGCUGGCGGUGCCGCCCCCCGAGGCCUUCCCGUGA